GGCAAUUAAUUAAAAAAAUGGGACAGUUAGGAACUAAGGAUAAAGAAGUAACAAGAAACAAACAGAAGGAAGAAUCAAGAUUCAGAAGAGGGGGCGAGUAGAGAGAGGGGGGAGUACAGAUCCAUCGAAUUCUCUGUCCCGACUCCCUACAAUGCCUUCUCGCAGGAGAACGCUUCUCAAGGUCAUCAUCCUCGGCGAUAGCGGGGUGGGGAAGACCUCUUUGAUGAACCAAUAUGUGAAUAAGAAGUUUAGCAAUCAAUACAAGGCAACUAUCGGAGCUGAUUUUUUGACGAAGGAAGUGCAGUUCGAAGAUAGGCUCUUCACUUUACAGAUCUGGGAUACAGCUGGCCAGGAAAGAUUCCAAAGUCUAGGUGUUGCUUUCUACCGUGGUGCUGAUUGCUGUGUUCUUGUAUAUGAUGUUAAUGUGAUGAAGUCAUUUGACAAUCUAAACAAUUGGAGGGAAGAAUUUCUCAUUCAGGCAAGUCCUUCAGAUCCAGAAAAUUUCCCUUUUGUUGUUCUAGGAAACAAGGUUGAUGUGGAUGGUGGAAACAGCAGGGUGGUUUCAGACAAAAAAGCUCGAGCUUGGUGUGCCUCAAAAGGAAAUAUUCCAUACUUUGAGACCUCUGCCAAAGAGGGUAUCAACGUUGAAGAAGCCUUCCAGUGCAUAGCAAAGAAUGCCCUCAAGACUGGGGAAGAGGAAGAGAUAUACUUGCCUGACACCAUUGAUGUUGGAAGCAGCAGCCAGCAAAGGUCAAGUGGAUGCGAAUGCUAAACAUAUUGCCUCAUCUUUCAGAACAAUGAGAAUCUUGAGAAGUACAACAAACAAUUUGGCUCCUUACUUGCCAUUUCAUUUGUUUAUCUGACGCUGCACUUGUACAUUAGUGUUGGCAUGGGAGGAAAAACUCUGGUCUUAAUAGUGUCGGUUGGUCUUGGUCUUGGGUGUUGAUUGCUUUCUGUAUCGCAUCUGCUUUCAUUUUAUAGGAGUUACAUUUUUAUUUGUUUUCAGGCACCAUUCCAUUAUUGUUGACUGUUAAGAUCGUCGUAUUAUUCUAACGAUUUAAGGUGUUCCUUGUCAAAUACUGAGAUUUGGUUUUUGAAUAUGUAUUAUUGUCAA